AUGGAGAAGCUCACAGACUCACCACCAAUCUUAAAGAUAGAGCAUCCCUCCCUCUGGGCAGAUAAUCUGAUUCUAGAGCCACAAGUACAGCACCUGACUGAAGAAAACACUGCUCUCAGAGGUCAGGUGAUGCUUAACCUGGCCACCACAAUGUUGCCUGUACCUUGCUCACUUGAGCAUCUCAACCAGUUUCAUGUUGACCCUGCCAAUCUCUCAGGGUUUCUUGCUCAGGCAACGACCUACUUGGCAUCUCUUAAUUAUCCUGCAGAUAAUGCCAAGGCCAAGUUUUUUAUUGACUAUAUAUUACAGCAGGUGAAAAGAUCUGGAGUCCUACAUGGCUCAAACCAGAGAGCUCUACUGAAGCAAUAUGAGAACUUUGUUUUUGAGUUCCAGCAGUUGUUUGGUGAGCCCACAAAACAGGUAAUGGGCCCUCUGGAGACUGCUAAAGUUGACAAAGGAGAUGACCUCUUUCAAGAGUAUGCUACUGCCUUCCAACUCCUUGCUCAAAAUAUGGACUGUAAUGAAAAUAUUCUUAGUGACCAGCUCCAAGAGGGACUAGCUGACCCCAUCCAGAAUGAAGUGAGUGGUAGAGAUAUAAUGGAAAACCUCCCAGACCUGAUCACUCAAUGUAUUCAGUUGGACAGGAAAUGUAGUGACAGGCCCAAACUUCUACAGUCAGAGGCUCAGCUUCCAAGGCUGGCUUCCCCGAUCCACCACCAACACUAUUCCAUUCCCAUAGGUCCACCAAUCAAGGAAACAUCUAUACAACUGCGGGGAGGCCAGCUGCCUCUCACACCAGCUAAACGAGUCCACCAGCAAGACAACCAGUUGUGCCUCUACUGCAGCCAGCCUGGCCACUUCACAAAAGCUUGCCUUGCCAAACGUUCACGAGCCCCAGCAAGGACAAAUAACCCAACUCACCAGUAA